UUCAGCCAAAAUGCCCACUACACCACGUUCACAGCCAGGAACCGUCGGAAAAGACAUGGCCGGAGCCCUGGCCGGUCGGCACAACGAUAUGCCUCCAAUCUCUUCAAAUUACCAGGGACGUCCGGGAAAUGCGAAUCCCAACUAUAGAUAUCAACCAAGUGCAGACAACGCACGGAAUGUGGCCGACUGGACCAAAAGCCAUAUGAAAACCGCCAGAGAAAAUGCUGCAGCAAAGAGAUAAUUGAUUUUAAGGAUUUGUUAAUAAAUGUUAAUUUUU